CAAAGUUUCGAUAAUCGAUCACUAUUCAAUAUAUCAUUAAUACCACUGUUACUACGAUCAUUAUGUUAGCGAGAAGACUUAAAGGCUCAUUAAUUUAUAGCUAUUCAAAUUCACUACAAACUUUCCAGGCUCGGUUAUAUCAUGCCAAUACAAGUUGCAAUGGCUUCAAAGGGACAGUUGCUCGGACCCCAUUGAUAAGACUGAACAAGUUAAGUGAAAAAACAGGAUGCAACAUCAUGGUGAAAGCUGAGUUCCUUAAUCCUGGGGGUUCAGUCAAAGACAGAGCAGCAUUGUAUCUCAUUAAAGAUGCAGAAGAAAGAGGACAAUUGCAACCAGGUGGUACAGUUGUAGAGGGGACUGCUGGCAAUACAGGGAUUGGCUUGGCUCAUAUGACCCUGGCAUCUGGUUAUAAAUGUGUCAUAUUCAUGCCUGACACACAGUCACAAGAGAAAAUUGACAUGUUAAAAGUUCUAGGGGCAGAUGUGAGACCAGUACCAGCCGUGCCAUAUGAUGAUCCAAAUAAUUAUAACCAUCAGGCAAAAAGAUUUGCGGACAGUUUGGAAAACGCAAUUUGGACAAACCAGUUUGAUAACACAGCCAACAGAAGGGCACACUAUGAAACAACGGGACCCGAGAUUUGGAAACAAACGGAAGGAACGAUCGAUGCUAUUACAUUCUCAACUGGAACGGGUGGAACAAUUGCUGGUUCAGGAAUGUAUUUAAAACAAAAGAAACCUGGUGUAAAAGUUGUUAUAGCUGAUCCCCCGGGAAGUGUUUUAUACCAAUAUUUUAAAAGUGGUAAAUUGGAAAGAACUGGCAAUGAUUCCAUUACUGAAGGAAUUGGCCAAGGUAGAGUCACAAAUAAUAUGAAAGGAGCGUUUGAUGAUGGAGUGUUUGAUGAUGCAAUUCACGUUCCUGAUGAAGACUCCGUCGAAAUGGUAUUUUAUUUACUUCAUGAAGAAGGUUUUUUUGUCGGUGCCUCAUCAGGCUUGAAUGUUGCUGCUGCUGUAAAGAUUGCCAAAAAGCUCGGCCCAGGCCACACAAUUGCAACGUGUUUAUGUGAUACUGGUCAGCGCUAUUAUGCAAGACUGUUCAAUAAACAAUGGCUUCAUCAAAAAGGUCUCCUGGAAAUAAUUCCCGAAAAAUAUCGACAUGCCUUACAUUGAAUGAGAAAUUAGAGAAUUAUACUCAUAGCUGAAAUACCCGAGAUGAUCGGCAAAAUAAACUUGGCGUGAAAUGCGUAUUAAUAAUGUAAUUUUUAUCAUCAGGUAGUCUGAAUUUUCGUAUUAAAUUGGUCGCAUUAAACAACAGUGGUUUUCUCCUCAUUAAAAAUAGCGGAUAUUAUAAUUGAACAUAUAUAACGAAAAUUCCUUUACGGAUAUUGGAAAGGAAUUUUGACGGGAAGUUCAGAAGAUUUGAACAACGCGUUGCUGUCAUUGCUUUGCAGUUUGUAUACAACGUGCAGACUGCCGAACAUAUUUGGCCAAUUUGCGCGAUGAGAAUGGGUCAAAUGGCGACACUGUCCAUCCCAUUUCUAAUGUUCUAUGUUUCAAUUACGUUUGGGAAAUCCGUAGAGCCAACACAACCUUAUGAAGAGGCAUUUCUAGCACGAGAGGAAUACAGUUUGCCCAAGCUGCCGUACAAUGAGAGUGAUCUAGAACCUUAUAUCGAUGAAGAAACAGUGAAAUUGCAAUAUUCCGUGCACCAUUAUGGUUAUACGCAAAAGCUGAAUCAUGUUUUGAAAGUGUGGAGAAAUUCUAGCGAAGAAGUGCAGGAGCUUGCAUCAAAAUCAGUAGUUGAUAUAUUAACGAAUAUCAACGAUGUACCUGAAAGAUAUAGAUAUCAUGUAAAGAAUGUUGCUGGAGGAUACUUUAGUCAUUCCUUAUAUUGGUCAACAAUGACUCCAAAUCCAACUGGUGAAAUACGCGUGCCGGGUCAACUAACUCAACAUCUUAUCUCUCAAACUUUCGCCAACCCAGAUGGCCUACGGAAAUGGAUCUUCCACGAAGCCUUGGAUUUAUUUGGAUCUGGUAACGUGUGGGUUUGCGUAGAUCCCAAGCAACCCCAACAUAUAACCAUUUAUACGUUAAUAAACGAAGAUACCCCGUUUAGCCAUGGUUUGUACCCCAUACUGGUUGUGGACCUUUGGGAGCGUGCGUACUAUCUUAAGCACCGAAACAAUAGAAAGGACUACCUGGAAGCAUGGUGGAAAUUAAUUAACUGGAAGACGGUGGAAAAUUUAAUCAAGCGCUACGGCGUCAAUCAAUUUCACGAUGAACUAUGACAACGACACAUUUUAUGCAAGAAAAUAUGCAUUGAUUGGAAAUAUACAAGAUUAAAUUACAAUCGAACGCAAAUGACGUUGAAAGUUUUUGAUAAUCUGUUAAAUAAAUAAAUGUGUAUUUAAAAAA